UUCAAGUCCAAGCCAAGCCAACCAAGCUACGGAAUGCCCUCUCUCCCUCCACUAGCCACAGCAAAGCUACCUAGCUACCCACUGAUCUCUCUCUCUCUCGCUCCCUCUAUAUAAGCCCGUCCAUGGCGGAUGGCUCUCCCGCCCUUUUCAUCCUCCCAUCAUUUGAUCAUCCGUGUCGAUCGGGAUAGCUGCUGCCCGCCAGCUUGUCUGUUGUGGUUGUGUGUGGAGAUGGCGUGUGAUCAGCUUGGGCUGAGGGGCGGCGAGGAGGCGGCGGUGGGGGAGGAGGAGACGCUUCGGCGCGGGCCGUGGACGGUGGAGGAGGACGUGCUCCUGGCGAACUACAUCGCGGCGAACGGCGAGGGCCGGUGGAACGCGCUGGCGCGGCGCGCGGGGCUGAAGCGCACCGGCAAGAGCUGCCGCCUGCGCUGGCUCAACUACCUGCGGCCGGACCUGCGGCGCGGCGGCAUGGCGGCGGAGGAGCAGCUGCUCAUCCUCGAGCUGCACGCGCGGUGGGGCAACCGGUGGUCCAAGAUCGCGCAGCACCUCCCCGGCCGCACCGACAACGAGAUCAAGAACUAUUGGCGGACGCGGGUGCAGCGCCACGCCAGGCAGCUCCGGUGCGACGUCGGCAGCCAGCGGUUCAGGGACCUCGUGCGCUGCCUCUGGAUCCCCCGCCUCCUCGAGCGCAUCCACGCCUCCGCCAACCCCGGCGAAGGCGACGACGUGUUGGCGCAAGCUACGGCGGCCGCGCUGCCGGUGGUCGCGGCGGACGGGCGCUGCAGCUGGCCCGCCGACGACGUCUUCGAGCUCGGCCCCGGCGCCGCGGCCGACGUGGAGCUGUCAUGCACCACCGCGCUGUCGUCGUCGCCGUCGGUGUCCACCGACGGCUGCGGCGCGCGCCCCCUGCCCCCGCCGGCGCCGAUGAUGGCUACCGCCGAGAGCGCGCACGGAAGCGUCGUCAGCAGCAACAACUGCAGCGCCGCCAUGCACGAGCACGACACGGCGCUGUGGCAGCCGCCGCAAACCCAAACGCACGGCGGCCUCAUUAUGAUGGGCCAAGAAGAGCAACAUCAUGACCAGCAGGCAGCAGGGUCGCAGCAGCUGCUUGGCGCCGAGACGUGGUGGUCCGACCAGUCGUCGCUCCACGCCGGGCUGUACGCCGACGUCGGCUUCCCGGAGCUGGAGUUGGGCGGCGAGACCAUGUGGGGCGCGUGCGCCGACGACCUGUGGUGCACGGACAUGCUGGGGCUGUGAAACAUCCAUCGAAGCCGGUGACCUGGUGAUAAGAUAACCAAGGGGAAGGUUAUUAUCGGAGCGUUCGCUACUAAUCUUGCACUCAGCGCUCCAAUAAUCCCUUCUCCUCCUCUCUCAAAACAUGAGUAUACUUCACUAGCUAGCUAGUGUAUUAAUCUUCAGUAUAUGUACGUGUAAUGUUGGUGUCUUUUUUCUUUUUGGGGACUUUAUUACUCAUUCUUUCCUGGGUAAAUACGGAGUGAUUGGUUUUGUAACAAGCCGUGUGUACGUAACUUUUGGUGGCCGCAAUAAAACAUGAAUCAAAACACCCCUGACGAGGCUGUGUAAUUGAUCUCU